AUGCCUCGCCCGAUCGCUCAGAGAAGACUCUGGUCUGUCCUCCCGACCGAAAUUCUGCUCUACAUCUUCGAGCAGCUCAACCGUUACGACCUCCGGUUUGGUACGUCUAGCAAGUCUAUCAUCGUCUUUCCGCUGGCGCCCGCCUCGCACCCGUUGCUACAAACCACCGAUCCCCGCAUCAGCCUCUCGAACGAGCAGCAAAAGCGCAUCCUACCCAAACUGAGAACACUCACCCUCAACAUGCACGAGUUCAGGGAGUGCGUUGGGCAUGAUGUGUCUGUCUUCACUGGAAAGAUCAACGCGUUGAAAGUCCUGCGAUUGCAAUACUCUCGAGAUCUCCCCACGGGCGCGUCUCGAAUUAUAUACUGCUUUGCGACGCCAGAGCUCAGCAACCGCUGUCUCUACCUCACCCACGUCUUGGGCGAGCACACAACUAUUGACAAGCUUGUCAUCCGCGACGCCAUGCUGGGUGCCCGUAUCCCCGACUUCUCACCCUCCACUUUCUUCUCAAGAUUCCAACCCAUACGGGAGUGCGUUCACGUCCUUUCAGGCAGCGCUACCAGGGGCGACAUGAGUGCUGAACCGAUGCACCGGGCCGAAUUCUGCACGGUAGGCUACGCAGCCCACACCAUCGCCCUGCCCAAGACGACAGAGCACCUCACCAUCGUGUUCUGGACAGGAGCGUCGCGCAACUGGCGGCCAGCAUGCUAUCAUAUUGGCUCCGCCAAGCUAUCGGAUCUACACGUCAAGGAUUUGUGCCCGCGCUACAGCUCUAUGUGGGAUGAGCUGGCGCAGCUGGUCUGCGGUUCUCACUUGCAGCGCCUGACCGUUGUCAACGCAGACACUGUGCCGCCCUCUCACACAACGUACUGGCAGCACCGCAGGGACAGAAGAGACGGGUUGGCCAGUCACAACUCCCUCCGUGAGCAGUUCUACACGACCUAUCGCGAAAGGUGUGGCCGAGCCAAGAAGACGCCGCUGAGGAUUACGGACAUGCCGUUCUUGACGCUCGAAGAGUGGCUCGAGACGGCGGAGUGGCAGGAUGUCUUCUCCCCUCUCGAGAUUAGCGAGCACUUCAUUGCCCGUGCUGGCGGACAACCGAUGCCCGAGACGUGGGCGCGCUACGUUCGUUUCGCCGAUGGACUGGGCUUCAAGAUCAGCGAGGAGGAGUUGGAUCCUCCAGCUUUCACUGCAUCUCAGGCGUCAGCAUAG